AUGGAGCCGCCGCGGCCGCGUUACUGCGCCCCGUCCCCGCCGCCGAGUCGCGGCGGGCGGGAGAACAAGGGGCUCCGUCCCCGGAAGGGCCCGCCGGGCACCGGGAGCGCCGGGGGUCCCGAGGAGGCGGCGGACAGCAGGAAGCCCAAAUUCUUGGAUAGAUUUGCCAGUAUAAGAAUUCCAAGAAGUAAAAAAGAAAGACCUCCUCUGCCACAUAUGAAGCAGUCACACUCCACAGAUUGGUCAUCCACACCCAUGGACCUGGAGGGUUUUGCUACAAAACCACUGUCGGAAAGGGAAAUCAUAGCACUGUUUGAAAAAAUGAUGGAGGAUAUGAAUUUAAAUGAAGACAAGAAGAUGCCAUUGAGAGAAAAGGAUUUUCAUACCAAAAAAGAAAUGGUGAUGCAAUAUAUCAGCAGUGCUUCCAAGUCUGGAAGUCUCAAGAACAGUAGGAAGAUUUCUCCCCAAGAAUUUAUUCAGGAUUUAAAAUCUGGGUCAACGGAUGAAAGACUAGUCACUUGCUUAGAAUCUCUCCGUGUGUCCUUGACCAGUAAUCCUGUCAGCUGGGUUGUAAACUUUGGCCAAGAAGGUCUGGGACUGCUGCUGGAUAUUUUGGAACGAUUGGUUGAGACAAAAAAUCAGGACAGACUUGUGAAAAGGAGUCAGCAUAAAGUUAUACAGUGUUUGAAAGCCUUCAUGAAUAAUAAGUAUGGGUUGGAACGAAUUUUGGGAGAAGAGAGGAGCCUUUUGUUGCUGGCCAAAGCAAUUGAUCCCAAGCAAACUAACAUGAUGACUGAUAUAGUUAAACUCUUAUCUGCAAUGUGCAUUGUUGGGGAGGAAAACAUCCUUGAAAAAAUAUUGGAAGCUGUAACAGCAGCAGCAGAGGAGAGGAAUGUUGAUAGAUUCUCUCCUAUUGUAGAAGGUCUUCAGGAUAACUCAGUUCAGCUGCAAGUAGCUUGCAUGCAGCUCAUCAAUGCUCUUGUUACAUCUCCUGAUGACUUGGAUUUUAGACUUCACAUCAGAAAUGAAUUUAUGCGCAGUGGAUUGAAAGAGUUAUUGCCACAACUACAAUAUAUAAAGAAUGAAGCACUAGAUAUUCAGCUGAAAGUGUUCAAUGAGCAUAAAGAAGAAGACAUGAUUGAAUUCUCUCAUCGUUUAGAAGAUAUUAGAUCUGAACUAGAUGAAGUAAAUGAUGUUUACAACAUGGUGUGGAAUACAGUUAAGGACACUAGUGCUGAAGGAUAUUUUCUUUCUAUUCUCCAACAUCUUUUGCUGAUAAGAAAUGAUUAUUUUAUCCGUCCACAGUAUUUCAAACUAAUUGAAGAGUGUGUAUCACAGAUAGUGUUACAUCGAAGUGGAACAGACCCAGAUUUCACGUAUCGUAAGAGAUUAGAUAUCAAUUUCAGCCACUUACUAGAUGUUUGUGUAGAUAGAGCAAGAUUAGAAGAAUGUGAAGAGAGGGCUUCUGAACUUUCCAGAAAAUUUGAAAAAGAUUUUGUAGUUCAUCAGGAGACCCAGGCCCUGCUUCAAAAAAAAGAGGAAAGAAUCAAUGAACUUGAAAAAGAAUUACAAGCUUUUAAAUCACAGUAUGGCUCUCUGCCGCCUGGUUUUCUGCCAUCAACUCAUGGAGAUGCAUCUGUUGUUCCACGGAAAGGUGCAGGACCACAUCAAUUUCCACCCCCUCCUCCUCCACCACCGCUGCCUUCUAAUGGAGCAAUUCCACCACCACCGCCUCCCCCACCUCCUCCACCACUUCUGAAUAGCUUGGGAGCUCCUCUGGGUUUUGCUGGUGCUCCCCCACCACCACCUCUGCCAGGCCUGCCUGGAAUACAGUGGUCCCCGCCUUCGUGUGCUUUGCCAUUUGGAAUGAAGCCUAAAAAAGAAUUCAAACCUGAGGUUACCAUGAAAAGACUCAACUGGUCUAAGAUCAGACCUCAGGAGAUGACAGAAUCCUGUUUUUGGGUUAAGGCAGAAGAACACAAGUAUGAGAAUGCUGACAUGCUUUGCAAAUUGGAACUUACAUUUUGUUGUCAAAAAAGGGUAAAAAGAGAGGAAGAAGAUUUUGAAGAAAAGAAAUCCAUUAAGAAACGCAUCAAAGAAUUAAAAGUUUUGGAUCCUAAGAUUGCACAGAAUCUGUCAAUUUUCCUUGGAUCUUUCCGAGUGCCUUAUGAAGAGAUCAAAAUGAUGAUAUUGGAAGUAGAUGAAACACAGCUCUCAGAGUCCAUGAUUCAGAAUUUAAUAAAACACCUCCCUGAACAAGAGCAAUUGAAUGCAUUGUCCAAGUUCAAGAAUGAGUAUAACAAUUUGUCUGAGCCAGAGCAGUUUGGUGUUGUGAUGAGCAACGUGAAGAGACUACGGCCACGGCUCAGUGCUAUUCUUUUUAAGCUUCAGUUUGAGGAGCAGGUGAACAACAUCAAACCUGACAUCAUGGCUGUCAGCGCUGCCUGUGAAGAGAUAAAGAAGAGCAAAAGCUUUAGCAAGCUACUGGAACUAGUAUUGUUAAUGGGAAACUACAUGAAUGCAGGUUCUCGGAAUGCACAGACCUUUGGAUAUAAUCUCAGCUCGCUAUGUAAACUGAAGGACACAAAGUCAGCAGACCAGAAAACAACAUUGCUUCAUUUUCUUGUAGAAGUGUGUGAAGAAAGCUAUCAGGAUGUCCUGAACUUUGUUGAGGAUUUUCAGCAUUUGGAUAAAGCUAGUAAAGUCUCAGCAGAAAACCUGGAGAAGAGCCUCAAGCAUAUGGAGAGGCAGCUUCAACAGCUUGAGAAGGAUUUGCAGACUUUUCCAGUUCCUGAAGAUAAGCACGAUAAGUUUGUAGCGAAAAUGUCAAGCUUCCUAGUUCAUGCCAAAGAAGAUUUUCAGAAACUUUCACGGAUGCACGAGAACAUGGAAAAACUCUAUCAGAAUGUGAUGGGGUAUUUUGCCAUUGACCUGAAGAAAGUUUCGGUGGAAGAGUUUUUAACGGACUUAAACAACUUCAGGAUGAUGUUCAUGCAAGCAGUAAAAGAAAAUAUGAGGAGAAGGGAAGCAGAAGAAAAACAGAGACGUGCUAAAAUAGCUAAGGAGAAGGCAGAAAAAGAAAAACUGGAGAGACAACAAAAGAAAAAACGCUUGUUAGAAAUGAAAACAGAAGGUGAGGAGACUGGAGUGAUGGAUAGCCUGUUGGAGGCCUUGCAGUCAGGUGCAGCUUUUCGAGACCGAAGGAAAAGGACACCAAGGUCCAGAGACACACCACAAAAUCUCAGUCCAACCACACAGCGGCCUGUGCUGAAAGCUUGUAACCAUGAGAACCAGAAAGGCCAGCCAGAGAAGCCGUGUUCACACCACAGUAUCACUUUAAACUCGACAAGAAGCCCAGUCACCAAAGAAGUUACAUAUGAUGUGGAAACAAGCUCUAAGGUGUUGAACAGGGCUGUUGGGAGAAAGGAAUCCUGUCAUGGAGAAGGUGGCAAAGAAAAGAAAAUGGAUCGUAUUGGGUCCCCUCCGAGGGGAGAAGCCAUUCCAGAAGUAGAAGCUCUCUUGGCAAGACUGCGAGCACUAUAGAGUAAUCAUAUACCAGAUUAAAGUUAAAAACAAUAGCCUACACUACAUCUUUAAAGAAAUAAUAAUUUUCUAUUUUUGACGCUACAUAUUUCUGACUUCCUGACUUCUCUGUGGAUGAAGGAUCUGCUUCUAAACUUUGUUAGCAAGAUUAUACAAAACAAUACUAUAGUUUUGUAUAACUGCAAGACUGUUUUUUAUUAUAUGUUUUUACUUAAUAAUCAUAUGAAAAGUAUCAGAAAAAGAUAAAUACUAAAUUGUUCCAAAGCACAAUCUUUCUAGUGGACAGGCUGCUAACCAUCUGUUUUGAGUGCUUCUGAAAAUAGGAAUAUCUUUUAAGUAUUGUUAAAUCAUCAUGCCUGGGAAUAGGGUCAAUAAAUAACAAAAAAGGUAUUCUUAUGUUUUCUACUGUAAUUUUUAUAUUUAGGAGGCUAAAGCACCAAAAAAUGUAUCAUUAUAGUGUUCUUUUCAAUUACAGUAAUAUACAGUAUCAGCUAUAUUCCAGUUUGAGCUCAUCAAAGAGCACCAAAGCUUGAUGAAUUAUAGAUGUAUUUACCAAAUGGUAAUCCAUGGGCAGUAAACAAAAAAUCUAUGCAAAUAAUAUACUUUAUGUGUAAUUAAUAUGUCGCUGCUUUAAAGGUUAUUAUGAUUAUUAUAUCAAAAUAAUAUAUACAAUUGCUUUGAUUGCAAGAUUUUGCAAUUGUGUCUUUAGUGGGGGAAAAUGUCUUCACAGUUAUUUACCAGUGUAAUAUUUUAUCUUUCCACAUGCGAAAUUAAUAUGUUUCUAUAAAAGGAACAUGUAAUGGAGAAGAUUUUUUCAAUUGGUUUUUCACAAACUCAUUUUCCAGUAGCCCAUAAAGUCUUACUGCUGGCAUAACAGGAGUCUUGCAAGUGAUUGCAUCUCUUUUAUCCCACUGUCACUGUACAGGGUUGCGUGUUCGCUAUCGUAUUUAUUAAUUGCACAUCAGAAAGAGCUGCUACCAGUGUUACGAAGUAGGGAGCUAUUGUUAGUCUCUUUGCUCUGUUAUUUAAAGCUUCCUUAAUAUAAGAGUGUAUUAAGAAUCUAAUAUCUUUCUUCUAAAUUACUUUAUUUUUCUUUACAAAAUGCUGAAAAAUAUGUCUUUCACUAAGAGUCAGUUACAUGAAACCCGUGUUUCAAUGCUCCAGUGCUUUUUAUAUCCUUGUUUAAGUUGCCUUUG